UGGAAAGAUCGCGCCGCAGCGACUGCUGAGAAUGUCUUUCAAAAGAUCGUCAUGGAGACUAUCCUUCGUCGCAAACCGCUUCUACCCUCCAAAGAUGGGCGACAUAUCCCUCUCAAUCCAAAGGGUGUUGGUUCGGGCGGCCUGAUAGACGAACGCAGCAACAAGCCUUAUAUCAGCAACUUCAUUCGCUCCAGUCGCUAUACAGUAUACGACUUCAUACCGAAGCAGCUGGUUUUCCAGUUCAGUAAGCUGGGCAACUUUUAUCUUCUUGUGAUGGGCAUAAUUCAGGCAAUUCCUGGCCUGAGCACGGUCGGCAGAUGGACGACCAUUGCUCCGCUUGCUGGCUUUGUCGCCUUCAGCAUGGCCAAGGAAGGAUACGACGACUACAGGCGAUAUCAGCUCGACAAGUCAGAAAAUCGCAGCAUGACGUGGGUCUUGGCACACGGCGUGAGAGAAGGGAGAGAGAGGCCUCGCAUGUCUGGAUGGAGAAAUGCCCUGAGGAGAAGGCGGAGAAGCGGUAGGAAGAGGCCCAGAGGGGAUGACGAGGACAUCAUCGUGCAGGAUGUUCAAGAGGGGGCCCUUGCCAAUCUGGACGAGACGAACGAUUGGAUGAAUGUCCAAUGGCAGCACGUAGAGGUUGGAGAUAUCGUGCGUCUCCGUCGCGAUGAGCCGGUGCCUGCAGACAUAGUGGUGCUUCAUGCUACGGGGCCAAACGGCGUUGCUUACAUCGAGACAAUGGCCUUGGACGGCGAAACCAAUCUCAAAGCCAAGCAAGCCUGCCCUCUCCUCGCAGAGAGAUGCGGAACCGUCGAGGGGCUCCGAUCAAUCCAGGCCACCGUGGUAUCCGAGGACCCCAAUCUCGAUCUAUACAGCUAUAACGGAAGGGUCACUGUUAAUGGCGAAGGGACCUUGCCCUUGUCGAUGAACAAUGUUGUCUAUCGAGGAUCUACGCUGCGAAACACCACGAUGGCCAUUGGACUGGUGAUUAAUUCGGGAGAAGAAUGCAAGAUCCGCAUAAAUGCGAGCAAAAAUGUCCACGCAAAGAAGCCAGCCAUGCAAUCUACAAUCAACAAGAUGGUCCUUUUCCAAAUCACAAUCGUUGUCUCCCUUGCCGUUGGAUUCACCAUCGGAUACUACACCUGGCAGAGCAAGACAGAGGACAGUUCAUUUUACCUCGUCCGCAGCGGUGUCUAUGACGGAAGCGUACCGUUCAAGCAGAUUUUCUUUGGGUUCCUCAUCAUGUUCAACACCCUGAUCCCGUUGUCCCUGUACAUCAGCUUGGAGGUAAUCAAGAUUGGCCAGCUCUUCUUGCUGCAGGAUGUGGACAUGUACGACCCAGUCACGGACACUCCCAUGGUGGCCAACACUACGACCAUCUUGGAGAAUCUUGGCCAGGUCAGCUAUGUGUUUUCCGACAAGACAGGGACGCUGACAGAGAACCUGAUGCGUUUUCGGAAAAUGAGCGUUGCCGGCGUCGCAUGCCUCCACAACAUGGACGCCCAAGAGGACGAGGCGGCUACCCCGAACAGAAGCGACUACGGAAAAGGAAAGCAGCCUAUUUCGACUACACACCCGAUGAUGGCAUCAACACAGGCUGAGGGUGACAACUACGAGACGGCAGCUCUUGGACCCUCCAGGCAUUCUUCGACUACUUCUCAUCUACAAAAGAAACCCGGGGCAAAAUCGUCUGAUGAAGCUUCAUACGUGAGAACCGAGGAGUUGCUCGAGUAUAUCCGUCGUCGGCCCAACACCCCAUUUUCCCAGAAGGCUAAGCAGUUCCUGCUCUGCAUAGCUCUCUGCCAUACCUGCUUACCCGAGACCAACGAUGUCGGAGAAAUCGAGUAUCAGGCCGCAUCCCCGGAUGAGCUGGCCCUGGUCGAGGCGGCACGAGAUUUGGGCUAUAUCCUUAUUGACCGACCGGCUCAGUCCAUUAGGCUGCAGACGCAGGAUGCAGAUGGAGUCCUGCAAACAGAAACUUACCAAGCGCUGGAUGUGAUCGAUUUCAGUAGCAAAAGGAAGCGAAUGUCCAUCAUCGUUCGCAUGCCUGACAACCGGAUCUGCGUCUUUUGCAAAGGCGCAGACAAUGUUAUCAUGGCGCGCCUAAAGCUUCGUCAAGUGGCUGAGUCAAAGGCGAAAGAUGCUUCUCGAAGGGCCAGUGUGAAGAAGACAUUCGAGCAGGACAAGGCUAUCAAGCGUAUGAGCUCUCAGAUUAGCAGGAGAGGCUCACAAAACAAUAGCUUCAGACUGGCACGGAGCGUAUCGACGACGGCUGGACUUGAAGGCUUGAGAAACAGCAUCAACUUUAGGCGUUCCACGGACCUCAACCAGCUCCCCCAGGCAGAAGGGGUGGCCUCGUGGCUGCACAGGCGAAAUACAGAGGAAAUAGUGUCCCCCAGGACAUCGACAGACGCACAACGAGGCCCUAGAAAAAGCUUGGGUCACAUGCCGUCGUACGACCAAAGGGAUUACGCUGGGGAAGACGACGAAAGGAUAGACGAAUCAGUGGCUGCGGAUGAGGCGGCGAUCUUUGAGAGAUGCUUCCAGCAUGUGGAUGACUUUGCUGCCGAGGGCCUUCGUACUCUGUUGUACGCCUACCGAUACAUUGACGAGGAAGCCUAUGCAGAGUGGAAAACCGCAUAUAAGGAGGCGGAGACGAGCCUAGUUGACCGCCAAGAGCGCAUCGAAACAACAGCUGAGCAAAUUGAAGAGCAAUUCGAGCUUGCUGGUGCCACAGCUAUAGAAGACAAGCUCCAGGACGGGGUCCCGGAGACGAUCGACAAGCUGAGGCGUGCAAACGUCAAGGUGUGGAUGCUCACUGGUGAUAAGAGGGAGACUGCUAUCAAUAUUGGGCAUUCGGCGCGAGUCUGCAAGCCCUUCUCCGAGAUAUAUAUCUUGGAUGCCUCCAAGCGUAAGCUACAAGAUACUCUGAUGACGACGCUGAACGAGGUUGCGCGGGGAAUGGUGCCUCACUCUGUUGUGGUUGUGGACGGACAGACGCUGGCUGAGAUUGAUGCUGAUGAAGAACUUGCUGCCCUGUUCUACGACCUGGUCGUAAGAAUUGACUCUGUCAUCUGCUGCAGAGCAUCGCCCGCGCAAAAGGCAAACCUAGUCAAGUCUAUAAGGCAGUUUGUUCCCAAAAGCAUGACUCUGGCUGUUGGAGACGGCGCCAACGACAUUGGCAUGAUUCAGGCGUCGCACGUGGGCAUUGGCAUCUCUGGCCGCGAAGGCCUUCAAGCAGCGAGGAUAGCCGACUAUUCCAUUGCACAGUUCAGGUUCCUCCAGAAACUGCUGUUUGUACAUGGUCGAUGGAAUUACAUUCGAACGGGCAAGUAUGUCUUGGCCACGUUUUGGAAGGAGACCUUCUUCUACCUUAUACAGGCGCAGUUUCAGCGGCUCAACGGCUACACAGGCACGUCUCUCUACGAGUCAUGGAGCCUCACGCUUUUCAACGGCGCGUUUACUUCACUGCCGGUGAUUUUGCUGGGGAUCUUUGACAAGGACUUGCGGCCGGCGACGUUGCUUUCGGUGCCGGAGCUGUAUACCUUUGGGCAGCAGAGGAAGGGGUUCAACUUGCUGCAGUACCUGGGCUGGAUGGUCAUGGCUGUUGCGGAAAGCGUGGUGGUGUUUUACUUUGUGCUGGAGGCGUUUGACGAGAUUCUCUUCACUGAAGACAACGGGCUCUAUGCGAUGGGGACGAUAUGCUUCAGCGUUGGUGUCAUCUUCAUCAACGUGAAGCUGCUGGUACUGGAGUUUCACAGCAAAACUUGGAUCCCGCUUCUUGGCCUUGCCAUUGAACUCGCGGGGUGGUUCAUUUGGAACCUCGUCAUCUCUGCCGUGUAUCAGCCAACAGUCGGUCCAAUAGUAGUUAGAGACGACUUUAUACAAAACUUUGGGCCUCGACUCUCUUGGUGGACAACGCUUCUCCUUGGGAUAGUUACACCCAUCACAAUGGAGUUGGCCGUGCAGGCUAUCCGUCGGGUGUACUGGCCUACUGAGCAAGAUCUGAUGCAGCGCAUAGAGAAGGACGCCAAUGCAAAGGAGAUUCUGAAGAAAUACGCUGCUGAUGGUGCUGCAGACCUGGAAGCUGGGCGUACAGGUUCACAGGGCAUCGAACUAGAGGAAUUGGGACUGCGAAAUGCUCAGAGGGAAGAAGGCGCUACGCUCCAUGACGACUAUCGACCGCCGAGAUUUACGCCGCCGGCGGAAGAGAGGGAGAAUCCGCUUGAG